AUGUCUCGACCAAACACCAUCUUUGGCGGUGGCUUGAUAGGCACCAGUUUCACCACUCCAGUACAAGUGCAAGAGCUACUUGAUAAGCUCAAGGCCCUGAAAAUCGACCGCAUCGACACGGCAGCCCGGUACUCACCCACGAAUCCCGGCUCCUCGGAACGACUUCUAGGUGAAGUCCGGGCCGCAGAGCAAGGCUUCACUAUCGACACCAAGAUCAAUUCUGGGGGCUCGGCCAGCAGUGAUGGAUCAGGAAGCCUAACUGCAGCUGCGAUCAAUAAAUCAAUCGACGAGAGUUUUAACCGGCUCAAGGUCGAUAAAGUGGAUAUUCUAUACUUCCAUCGCCCGGAUCCUCAGACGCCUAUUGCGGAGCAGGCGGCCGAAAUUCAACGGCAAUAUCUAGCAGGUCGAUUUGAGAAGUUUGGUCUUUCCAAUUUUCCACCAGAAUUGUUGGCAGAGUUUCUUGCAGUGUGCGAAAAAGAAGACUAUAUCAAACCUAGUGUGUACCAAGGCCUGUACAAUCUACUCAGCCGCCAGAGUGAGAAGUCCUUGUUCCCUCUACUCCGACAGCAUGGUAUUGCAUUCUAUGCUUAUAGCCCUCUCGCUGGAGGCUUCCUGACUGGACGAGCAACUCGAGGGGACGUCGAAGGAACUAGAUACGCGGCCGAUAAUCAAAUUGCGAAAAACAUGAAUGCUAUGUACGAUAAGCCGGACAUGCACGAGGCGAUGACUGAUCUUCUGGACACCAUCGAGCCCCUUCAAAUCUCCGGUUCGGAGGCCUGUCUGCGCUGGCUUUAUUACCAUUCCAUCUUGCGUGAAAGUGACGGAGUUAUCCUCGGCGCUAGCAAAGUCCCACAGAUUGUGCAGAACGCAAAUGAUGUGUCCAAGGGGCUGUUGCCACUGGAGGUCGUGCACAAGAUUGACACGCUCUGGGAAAAGAUUCGAUCAUGA